AUGGCUGCUCGAGGUUUGGUCGCAACCGUUGAGAAUAGGGACUCAAGUUGUAGCCCUGGCCAGGGAUCGCAAAGCGCAUUCCACAAUGCUGCGUGGGCGAUGAGGAUCGGAGGAGCAGCGGCAGCGAUGAUGGCGGCGAUGAUGGGCAGCAUGCGGGGGAUGAGCGAGAGCAGCACGCGCGUGCAUGCGAGAUCCAUCAAGCAAGUCCGUGUGGAGGCUGCGGGAAGUAUGAGGGCGAGAGGAACUUUUGGAACAGACAUGGUAUGGUACUCGAUUAAGUCCAACACACCGGCAUCAACUGUGGUGUUCUUCGGAGGAGACAUAUUAUCAAUCAUGAUGAUUCUUGCUCUUACAGCAGAUGACGAAGACAUUCUAAGGCUAAGCAAGCCUGAGAACAUCAUCGCGCUGCUGCAAGAAAAGUUCAAGAGCCCUGCGAGAGGAUCUCAGAACUUUACUGUUGGGAACGAGUGCGUCAACGUGUUUGUGAUUGAGCCGACCCGCGUUCAGGACGGAGUCUGGUCCUGCUUUGACAACUUCAUGGAAUCGACAAGGUCGGGAGAGCCGACGAAAGGUUAUGCACAGCAAGGGAAGGCGCUGCUACAGCUUUCCUCUUUGCUGCGAUCGACGAUGCGCUCGGUCCCAGAGAUCGAGAAAGAGCUCUGCGACCUAGGACGAACCGUACUCGUGGGGUUCAGCAAAGGAGGGGUAGUUCUGAAUCAGAUGCUUGCGGAGUUGUCUGCAGGGACAGCCAAGUCGUCUUCAUCUGAGCUCCAGCUCCAGGAAGAUGGGGAUAUGAGCAAUGGAAACAGCCAAGACGAUUCGGAGAAGCGAGUGCUGAUAGACGAGGUUCACUACGUGGACGCGGGACUGAACAGCCGGGGAGCAUACCUAACGCAUCCUGAGAUUAUAGAGAGUGAUGGCAGUGACAACGCGUUCGUUCCGGCUGACAUGCGCGCCCGUCAGAUCUGUCGGGCAUGCAGGAGCAUCGGAGAGAUCGAGCCCUCAAGGAGAAGGAAGUGGGUGGGAGAUGAGAAGGAUCGGAUGGUUGCGCUGAUGAGGAAGAACAAGAUGUCAGUGACGGAGAGGAUUUACAUGGAGGAGGAGGAGGCCUCGCUAGCGAUGCACUUCCGCUGUACAUGCCUGGAAGCGAUGAACGUCGAGCAAGAAUGA